GGCCGCCAUGGCGCAGACGCUGCAGAUGGAGAUCCCGAACUUCGGCAACAGCAUCCUCGAGUGCCUCAACGAGCAGCGGCUGCAGGGCCUGUACUGUGACGUGUCGGUGGUGGUCAAGGGCCACGCGUUCAAGGCCCACCGCGCCGUGCUGGCCGCCAGCAGCUCCUACUUCCGAGACCUGUUCAACAGCAGCCGCAGCGCGGUGGUGGAGCUGCCGGCCGCCGUGCAGCCGCAGUCCUUCCAGCAGAUCCUCACCUUCUGCUACACGGGCCGCCUCAGCAUGAACAUGGGCGACCAGUUCCUGCUCAUCUACACGGCCGGCUUCCUGCAGAUCCAGGAGAUCAUGGAGAAGGGCACCGAGUUCUUCCUCAAGGUCAGCUCCCCGAGCUGCGACUCGCAAGGCCUGCACGCCGAGGAGGCCCCGUCGUCGGAGCCGCAGAGCCCGGUGGCGCAGACGUCAGGCUGGCCGGCGUGCAGCACGCCGCUGCCGCUCGUGUCGCGGGUGAAGACGGAGCAGCAGGAGUCGGACUCGGUGCAGUGCACCCCCGUGGCCAAGCGGCUGUGGGACAGCGGCCAGAAGGAGGCCGGGGGCGCCGGCGCGGGCGGCAACGGCAGCCGCAAGAUGGCCAAGUUCUCCACGCCGGACCUGGCCUCCAGCCGGACGCCCCGCACCAACGUGUACAUCACGCGAGCGCAGCUCAUGAACUGCCACGUCAGCGCGGGCACGCGGCACAAGGUCCUGCUGCGCCGGCUCCUGGCCUCCUUCUUUGACCGGAACACGCUGGCCAACAGCUGCGGCACGGGCAUCCGCUCGUCCACCAACGACCCCAGACGCAAGCCCCUGGACAGCCGCGUCCUCCACGCCGUCAAGUACUACUGCCAGAACUUCGCCCCCAACUUCAAGGAGAGCGAGAUGAACGCCAUCGCGGCCGACAUGUGCACCAACGCCCGGCGCGUGGUGCGCAAGAGCUGGAUGCCCAAGGCCAAGCCGCUGCACCUGGCGGAGGGCGACGCCUACAGCAGCUUCAUCGGCGACUCGGGCAAGAUGGAGCCCGACAUGAUGGGCAUGGAGCACAGCUUCGAGACGGCCAGCCACGACAGCGAGGCCGGCCCUUCGGCAGAGGUCCUCCAGUAACCCGGGGUGCGGGGGACCCCGCGGUGGGGGGGGGCGCCACACACACCCCUCCCGCCACUCCCGCCCACCCUGGUCACGAGCUACUGUCUGCCCCUCCCCAGGACCCUCGGGGGGCGCUGCAUGCUCCCGGCCCCUCUGCCUCCCAUCCCACCACCCCUUCCCCCUGCGAGCCGGGGCCGGCGGGUGGGUGGGCUGGAGGGGGGGCCGUGGGAGGCUCUGGGCCCCCCAGGCCCGCCCAGGGAGGGGUGGGCCUGGGGGGAGGGGGAGAACCGCUGCCCCCCUCCCCAGCCCCCUGGGACUCGGGACCAGGGUUCUCAGGACCCUCCACCUCCUCCCAGUGCUUCCAGUCUCCAAAAGCGCCUUCCUAUCCCCCGGUCCUUCCCUGCGCGGGGCAGCUGGGGGAGGGCUCCCCCACGAACCCUAGGGUGACCCCCCAGGCGGCCAGUUGUGCCCCCCAGCGUGCGGAAACCCCCGCAGCCUCCGGCUCUGGGAGGGUCUCGGCGGCAGGACAGGCCUCCCGUGUCCGCGGGCCCGCGUGGGUAGACGGCUCGAGUUGAGAAAGGCGCCGGAGGAAGGGCGGUAAGACCAGGGUUGGGGCGCCCGGCCCGCCCGCCGCGGGGCCCGGCCCCCGCCCCCGCCCCCUGUACAUACUUUUUAAGACAUUUUUUUAGCGAAUGAAAUAUUGAAGUAUAAGAUUUCCUUUUAUUUUUCAAACCAACGGGACUGUGUCGGGGCGCGAGGCAGGCCAGGGCUGAAUGUGUGCGUGCCCGGGGGGUGCCGCCCCCCGGCUUCCGUGGGUCCCCAGCUCCCCUCCACUCAGUGAUGAGUUCCAGGGCGCCCAGGGCCACCUCAGGCCCCCGGCUGGCGGAGCCCACCUGGAUUGUUCUCGAUCGUUCCUGGCUCUUCUCUCCAUUCCUCUCUUCCGGCCCUCCCAGAGCCAGGGCUCGCGCUCGGAGUCUUCAUGUGAACGAGGGCUGUGGGGGUUUUAGUUUUGUUUUGGGGUUUUGUUUUUGUUCUUAAUUCUUAGUUCCCUCCCUUUGAGUGUUGCUUCCUCAUCUCUGGGUGCCCCUGCCACCCCUACCCUCAGCUCCCACCUGCCCUCGGCUGCAGCCACCCCGCUGAGAGGCGGGGUCCCCCGGGCAUCUGCUUGUCAUGGGGGUGGGGUGUCAGGGCUGGCUGGGGCCCCAACACCGCAGCCCCAGGUGGCCUGAGGGGGGGUGGACGCCCCAGCUAAAGCACAAGCACCUUAGUCGCACCCUCCCCCGGCUGAUCCCAAAGCACAAAAUCCUGCUCACUUGGCAGGCCGCGGGGCAGGCUGCGGAGUAGACACCCCCAAAAGAGGCAGGGGCUCCCCCCUCCCAGGCCUUAGCGGGGGCAGCGGUGGGGGGGAGGGGUCCUCCUGCCCGUCCAGCCCUCCGAGCCCCUGCAGUGCCGGGCUGGGUGGGAGGCACAGCCCACUUGUCGUGGGGACCCCGGGGUGCUCCUGGCCCCAGGAUGCGGUGGAGGGUGCAGGGGAGGAAACUCCGUGCUAGGAGAGCCAAAGACAGGGUUGUGCCUUACCCCCGGAGCCACCCCUGCACCCCCCCCCGCCCCUCCUAGUGGCCAGCUGUGCCCCCCUUCUGAGCUGCAUGGUGUCCCCCUCCCUUCACACACACCCCCUCCCCCCCUCCCGGCAGCCAGGAAAGACUAAAAUGGAGAACCCCGUCUAGCAGACUGUAGGCCCUCCCCGCCUUGCUGGCCGCCCUCGCACCCAGCACCCACCUUCUCUUCCCCGGGCCAGGCUGCCCACCUGCCCGGGGAGUGCCAACACCCCCCCUCCCCGCCCCGCGGCGCCAGUGAGAUUGCACAUUAACUACUGUAAGGAGAGGAGCGCGUUGGAAAUGUGAACCAGAGUCUCAGCGAUGCUGACCAGAAUAAACUAAACGCCUUUGUAACA